UCCCCAAAGGCUAUAGAUUGCGCAACUACUUGUCCCGUCUAGUGCGGCAUAUGAUCGCCCGUCAAGUAUAAGGAUAUUCAUGAAUCGCAAUGUCCCUGAGUAUCGUACUGAAUCCUUUGAGACACUGGCAUGUGUAUGUAUCUUUUCCAGGUACCUCGGGAGUAGCUAUUACUCAGGCUUGCCGAGUCAAUGGGAUCGAAACCGUUAUGCAUAGCAACUCAUCAUCUCAGGCUAUUGUUUUAACGUAAACGGUAAAUCGCGGAGGCUUGAGGCUUGAUAGCGUCGGUAAUCGAGGACCGCACAUGGGAGUGGAGACUCGUUUGUGCAUUGCAGCAAUGGUGAGGGAAAAGGAAGCCUUGAAGAACAUUCUAAGCUGGGCCCUCGGCUCAGUUCGGGUGAACAGGAUGAUGGCUUUGGUCCGAACGGCGCGCCGUAGCGGGGCGACAGUCCGGCGGCUUGCCGGACUCAGGGACCAGCAUAACGUGAACAAACGCCGGACCGCUCAGGUAACACUCUGGUGUGCCUCUCAACCAAGCAAGGUCGAGCAUGAUCAAGUAAGAACACACGAGCGGCAGUUGCUGAAGGCAUUCGACACUGCUAGAAUACUGCGUGAUCCUGUUGUGGCUGAGCUUGGCGUUCUACAGUGCAGCUCAUGCAUGGAACCCUUGCUUCCCUGCAGGCUGCAUACAUGCCUGAGGAGUGAACGCAGCAUUGAAAAGCAAUUAUUGAAGAGCACAUGGCCGCAGCGCUCGACCAAGAAAGUUCCGCCGCCGCUGUCAGAGUCGGCCAGGGUUUGAAUAUAGGGUUUGAUGACCACAAUACAGGCAACGCACGCGGGUGAACUAUGCGCGAGUCCAACGGCAAUAGUCGGCAGAGUUCAUCAAUAGAACAAUAGAGGGCUGUGUGAGCAAUCUCGCGUGAGCCGGGAGGAUCAUGAGCCGAGUGAAAUGAAGCCCUCAC